AUGGUCACUGAUCAUCCACCAUUUAUUAAACCAUCUGUGUCUAUUAAUGAGCAACAAAUAAUCGAAGAUGAUUAUCAGGCACCACUAACUUCUAAUUCUCUAUUAGCUAAUUCAAAAUGGAAAAUAAUUCGUCUAAAUUUACAUAAAAUUCGUAGUACUGGAAAAAAAGCAACAAAUCCAUUUCAAGAUUGGUACUUAUUUUUACAAGUAAUGAAAGAAUUAAAACGAGCUGAACAAGAAAUAAAAAAUAUUGAAAAUGAUAAAUUUUUUAAACCUGUUAAAAAAUUUUCUGUAAAAUUAGAUGGUGUCGAAAAAAUUAAAACUUAUAAAACAUCACAUGUUCGACCGACCGAUGCUUUAUUUUAUACAAAUAUUAGUGAUGAACCUAUCAUUAUUCAACAUUUACUUUAUUAUUUUACAAAAGAGUUUGCUAUGUCCAAUCAAAGUCUAUUUUGGAACUUUUUAACCGAAGUAAAUUCUGUAUUAAACACAAAUCGUAAACGAUCUAAACGGACUAAAAUGUUUAAAAAAAUUGCUCUUAUCUUAUCAAUUAGUGUGUAUAUAUUGAUAACAUUCAUGUUUUUACUAUUGAUUAUGACUGGUUUUCAAAUAUAUUCCGAUGCAAAGAUUCUACAACAUGAUUAUCAAGAAAAUGAUCAACAAUUUGAUCAAUUGGAAUUUAAUUUUGAUUCUCUUAUUAAUAGACGAUGA